AUGAAUUUAGAAUCUUUACCUAAUCAAUUAUUAAUUGAUAUAUUCGAAUUAUUAGAUUCAAUUCAAUUACUUCGAGCUUUUCAUGAUCUUAACAUUCGAUUUAAUAAACUUCUUUUCUCGUAUUUUGAACUCUAUUCUCUUAAUUUUCGAUCUGUACUUAAACAUGAUUUCGAUAUCAUUUGUCAACAACAUCUUCCAUUAAUUCUCAAUAAAAUACAUUCAUUAUGUUUAUGUGAUAAUGAUGAAACACCUAAUCUAUCUUCACUUUUUCUUUCUUGA